GCUCGCCUUACACCCGAUGAUGGCCCGCGGCAUUCCAGGUGAUCCAUGCCAAGCCCAUGUAUAGCCCCCUACACCAUAUUCUACACAUAGUGUAUGUCGAACCAUCACAGCGCGUUGCCCUGAUGCUCGCAGUUAGACGUCAGCCGUCACGCGGCACCGCACCUUGUUCCAGCUUCGAUGUGACGUUCCAGAGUCCAUCCUUCUCGAUGCGACCGCUGACGGACCGCUUGUCCUCUCCAAUUCAGAGUCGGGGACUUCUUCGGAGCACCGUGGCUCUCGGGGCCCGGCGGAGAAGGGCUGCCCGAGUUCAUAAGGGUUUGUGAAGAGACGAUCAGAGUCUACUCGAAGACGUUCGUCUGCUAAAGCGCGAUGCAUUUCUUCGCCUCUGUCACUGUUGCUUUCGCGCUCCUCCAGGUCGCUCUCAGUCAGGAGCACUCGCCUGUGUGGGGCCAAUGCGGUGGUAUCGAAUGGAGCGGCGCGACCAGCUGCGUGGCGGGCAGUACGUGUACGGUCGUUAAUCCAUACUACUCGCAAUGUUUGCCGGCGGUCGCCUCACCGACGACGACUAGCGUCCCAACCUCCACCCCGCCCAGCGUCCCUGCUGCUUGCUCUACCCCGUCCACGGUCUCGAACUUCAGCAACUCUGCCCUGCCUGACCCUUUCCUCUUCGACGAUGGCACGCCCGUGACGACCGUUGACGACUGGUCGUGCAGGCGUGCGCAGAUCCUUGCCCUUGUCCAAGGCUACGAGGCCGGUGCCCUCCCUGGCAAGCCAUCCUCGCUCGCGGGAACGUUGACCACAUCUGGCAACACAAGCACCCUCUCUAUCACCGCGAGCAACAAUGACACCUCCAUCACCUUCGAGCCAACCAUCACUUUCCCCUCCGGUGACCCCCCAGCUGGUGGAUGGCCGCUCGUGAUCGUGUACGAUUCGCCGAGUCUUCCUAUUCCGUCUGGCAUCGCGACCAUGAUCUACAGCAACUCCCAGAUGGCCCAGCAGAAUGACCAGUCCAGCCGUGGCGUCGGUCUCUUCUACGACCUCUUUGGUCAGAACGCGACCGCGUCCGCAAUGACGGCCUGGGCGUGGGGCGUGUCGCGCAUCAUCGACGUACUCGAGCAGACGCCUUCCGCGAACAUCAACACGCAGAAGAUCGCCGUCACCGGCUGCUCGCGCGACGGCAAAGGCGCGCUCAUGGCCGGCGCGCUCGAGCCGCGCAUCGCGCUCACGAUCCCGCAGGAAUCCGGCUCCGGCGGAGACACAUGCUGGCGGCUUUCUCUGUUCGAGCAGGAGCAGGGGAGCGACGUGCAGACGGCGACGGAGAUCGUGCAGGAGAACGUGUGGUUCUCGACCAACUUCGCCAACUACGUCGACGACCUGAACGCGCUCCCGUACGACCACCACCUCCUCGCCGCGCUCAUCGCGCCACGCCCGAUGAUCUCGUUCGAGAACACGGACGUCGUCUGGCUCAGCCCGAUGAGCGCGUUCGGGUGCAUGAGCGCGGCGCACACCGUGUGGGAGGCGCUCAGCAUCGCGGACUUCCACGGGUUCGAGCAGGUCGGCGGGCACCAGCACUGCGCGUGGCCGUCGUCGCUCACGCCUCAGCUGAACGCGUUCUUUGACCGCUUCUUGCUCGGGCAGAACGUCAGCACGGACUUCUUCGCGACGAACGACGAGUUCAACGGCGUCACCUGGACGCCGUCCCAGUGGAUCAAUUGGACCACCCCAACCCUCAACUGAACUUGCACUGGGUGCCUUCCAGAUGCAAUGAGGUCGUAAUAGCGGACCAGAAGCGAGCGUUUUGUUCAUUGGUUUCCAAUGUCAGAAUCUCCGUACAGCACCGUCAGAAUGCUAUGAUGUGACAGUUCUUAUGUAGAAAUGCCGAUCUACUUGCCAAUCUGACUGGAAUCAAUCAUAGCUCAUUCAUUUUCUGUCGUACAGUUGAUCCUUCUUGGUUCCCUGCUUCUCGGACUCGAAGGCUGUCGCUGAGCUUACCUAGGUCAUUUCACUUCGCAUGCUUGAUGUUGCGUAGCUGUGGGUUUGACGCUCAACAAGUGUAACAGACGG